AUGAUCUCCUUACUGCCAAGCCUGCUCCUUCUCUUCCUCCUGGAUCUCAGUUCCGCCUCCAAAGGAGACGGUGUGGUGAUCACCAGCAGUGGUCCCGUCCGUGGCAAGCGCCUCAUGACUGCUUCUGGUACGGUGACAGCUUUCUUGGGAAUCCCCUACGCCGAGCCUCCUGUGGGGAAGUUGCGUUUUCAGAAGCCCCGUCCCUAUCAGCACUGGAGCCACAUCUUGGAGGCCACCAGCUUUGGAAAUUCCUGCUACCAGGGGAGUCUGGAACCUUCCAGCCGCCGUGAAGAACUAUACUCAGAAUCCACCUUGCCAGUCUCCGAGGAUUGCCUCUUCCUCAACAUCUGGGUGCCUCAUCCUCGACCCUCUGCACUGGCCCCUGUCCUUGUCUGGAUCCACGGAGGUGGUUUUCUCAGUGGGACUGGCUCUUUUGAUAGAAGCUUCCUAGCUGCCAAUGAGAAUAUCAUUGUGGCUUCUAUGAACUAUCGUCUAGGCGCCCUGGGCUUCCUCUCACUGCCGCCAGAUGCUCCAGGGAAUGCUGGCUUGUGGGACCAACAUCUGGCAUUGAGUUGGUUGAGGGAAAACAUGGCUGCCUUUGGAGGGGAUCCCACCCGGCUAACCCUGGGUGGCCAAAGUGCUGGCGCUGCAUCUGUCAGCUUCCAUCUCCUGUCACCGGUGAGCCAGGAUGUCUUUGCUCAGGCCACUUUACAGAGUGGAGUUGCCAUUUGCCCCUGGGCUUGGGUAAGGCCUGAGGAGGCCCAGGUCAGAGGACGAACCCUGGGCCAGCUUUUGGGCUGUGCUGAAGACGAUGACCGAGCUGUGGUGAGCUGCCUGCAGAUGAAAGACCCAGGAGAGAUUGUAAAGAAGUUGCCUAUCAUAAGACAGAAGGCUUUGUUGGACGUUCCAUUUGUGCCGACAACAGAUGGGGAGUUCCUGCCAGAUGACCCUCGGAACCUUCUGGAAGCUGGGAGCUUCCCAGUAAAACCGGUCCUGACUGGCUUUACCCCUGAUGAGGGCACCAUAUUCCUCUUAGAUAAUGCUCCUGGUUUCAGCCUGUACAGUGAUAGCCUGAUUAACCACAAGCAGCUAUUGGAGGGCCUCCAUCUGGUGGCACCAGAGGCUUCUGAAAGCACCAUUGAGGCUGCAGCAUUAAUCUACACUCAGGGGGAGCAGGGGGAAGAGCAGUACCGAAAUGCCCUGGUCAAAGCUUCUGGGGACUGUUUGUUCUUGUGCCCAACGGCUCUGGUGGCCAGCCAAAUGGCAGAAGCCGGAAGCCCCGUUUUUGCUUACUCCUUCACUCACCGGCCCGCCUUCAUAUCGGCACCUGACUGGAUUGGGGUGCCCCAUUGUGCUGAGCUGCCCUUUAUGUCUGGUGACCCCCUGUCUAUGGCAGGAGGCAACGUCACCUACACAGAGGCUGAGGUAAUACUGAGCCAAAGGGUGAUGCAGUAUUGGGGGCAGUUCGUGAGGACUGGGUCUCCUAAUGGGGAAAGUGGCGAACAGUGGCCUGUCUUCAAUGGACAGAUGUUUUUUCGUAUCAGCACCGAUCCAGCUCAGGCUGAGGAGAUGUCACCCACCCUUCACUGUGGCUUCUGGGAACAGCUGGCAGGGGCACCAAGGAACAUUAGGGUUUUGACCCAAAGGUUUAAGGAGGACUCUCGCAUGGGUGAAAUAGCUGAAAAUUAAUGAGGCAUCAAAAAUGGUUUUUCAGUGUCAUC